GAGGGACCAAGAGCUGUUUGGAGCGUCUGGCAGGGUGGAUAAUAUACAGGGAAUGUCAGGGAAUAUGAUCAAUAUGAUCUCAGAUGCUCAUGGACUCUCCUAAGUAGGGGCCGCACCUCAUGUGGAGGGGUCCGGACCUUCUCAUCAGUCGACCUGUUUUCAUUCAUGGAGCAUCUGUGACGUUUGGAGCACUUGUGACGUUUCCUAGAGAGGUUGAACAGCCCAUCCCAUUUGUACCAGUACAGGGUCCUAGUUCAGGUCUCUCAACCUCUCCUGGUUGGUCCGGAAGAGGUGUUUCACUGUUUCACCUGCGACUCCUCGCACCGGACCCCCGCCCUCUUGGAGCCACGGAGAGCCACGUCGGACACCGUGGCCUCGUCGGACGGCUCGUGGCGACCGCCGUGGCGAGCGUCCCGGCGGUCGGGUGACGGAGACAGGAAGGACCGACCCACGGACAGCUCCGACCCUCCGGACCCGACCCAAAACCCCCCUUCUCCAUGAGGUGUGGGUCCUGACCUCCUCUUAGGGCAUUGAAGCUGAAACGAGGAAUCACGAAUGGAGUUUCGGUGGAUUCACCUUAGCGCAGCAUUCAAAACUUGAUUUCUGGAAUUCUACAGUGAUGUCGAUCAGGUAACACAAGAAUCGUUUUUUUGCGUUUGGUGACUUGCCCAGGGUGAAAUGGAGCCUUCACCAACAUGUAGCAGUUGGUUCGGGGCCGAACGGGUCGCGGUCGCCUCUUGGGGGUGGAGACUUUUCGUGUGUCUUACCCAGACGCUCCGUUUUCGUUCACCGCCCUCAGCCGGUUCCGAACCAAACCAUAGUGAUUGGAUUCAAACAACCAUGGUUUUAAUGGUCUUUACCAAAGAACCAUUGUUUUACUAAGGAUUUCUACACUACACCACCAGCUCAACCGUUCUUUUAAUGGUCUUUGAAGGCUAGGGAUAGGGAUUGGUCAGAAACCCCAGAGCCCCUGACAGCAGGUCGCGUCUGGGUUCGUCUUUCGUUGACUCUGCAGCUUCGGUGCUCGCCCCGCGCUUGCACGGAGGUGCUUGGACGGCGUGUGCGUCGUGUGUCCAGUCGGAUGCGCCCAGGAGAACGACGGUGGCCAAGGACUCUUUCAAAAGUCUUUGGGGCGCGUGGGCCGGUCCAUGCAACAUGAAAACCCGAUGGAGAAGCGAGUCUAUUUGAUUUGCACAGCCCAUAAGGCUGGGACCGAGCUGAUGCGGAACAUUUUUCACUGGAUCUUCGACCUCAUGGACGUGAAAGAGACCUGCAGGUUUGACGAUACGGGCGGAAAAAUCAUCUCCAAUGGCACCUGGAAGCAGAACUGCCCUGAUGUCGAUCAUCCGGUGAACGUCCGCUUCCAUAACCACAUCAGCUCUCCCAUCAUCGAGAGCAUCCGUGCCGAAACCGCCAAGAAGGGUGGCUUCAAGGGAGUGAUGACCAUUCGAAACCCGUUGGAGAUGGUCGUCUCCUCCUAUUGCUACCACCAUCGCGGCGCUGAACCUUGGAACGCCUUGGGUGAUAACAUGACGGACCUGGCCCCCAAGGAAGGCGUGCCCGAAAUGGCCCGCCGGAUGCUGUUGACCGUGAGGAACAUGACACAUGCCUUCCAGGCGGCCAAGCCAGAGGUCUAUGUGAGCCACUACGAAAGGAUUACUGGAAGCUCCGCCGGUUUCAAUCAAACCAUCAAGGAGAUCUUGGACUUCCUCUGGGGUGAUGAGAUCUCCCACGACCUGAAGCAACGAGCCUUGGACGCCACGGUGCACGAGGACUUGCACCGUGGGGAAGAGGGCUUCUCCUUUCAUGUGGACGGCACAGCGGAUGGUAAGAUGGGGAAUGACGGGGUCAACCACACGAGUGAUGAGCAAGAACUGGACGAAGCCCGUGCACACUUGUCGCUGCUAGACCAGGACGUAAUGGAGGAGUACAAGCGCUUCCAGCAGAUCCUGGGCUAUGCCCCAGGCAUCCCAACGAAGUAGCCUUCCGAUGUGGUCCGUUCGGCGGCGGGGUGCCCGGCCCCCGCGCCCGCGAGACGAAAAAGGACACGAAGGGUGUGUGUGUCAAGCAGCAAGCGACGACGGGCCGGGUUGCCAGUCUCUAGGUAGUGAAAGAGAGAUCACCAUGGUGUUUGGUGAGGGUAUCACUCUGUGUGGUGGCCCAACCUGAAACCGUGCAGAGUACUAGUACAUGGUCC